CGAAACACAACAGUUAUUCUACGCCAUUGGAUUCCUUCGUCGCCAAUCCAUCUCUUUCCCCUUCUCGGCGAUUCUUUUCUCGUCGAUCCUUUUCCCCCCCUUCCUCCCUCUUCUCCAUGGAGUUCACGGCGACUAGGGUUGGGCUUCUGCUCGAUCUCCCCAAACCCUAGCGAAGAGCGGCUGUGUCCUCCUUCCCCCGCCAUGGAGGGCUCGGCGGGCGACCCCGGAGCCCCGAACUCGUGGGAGAUGGCGGAUCUUGACGCUAGUAUGAGCCGGCUGCUGCUCUCCUCCAAGAACGGCUCCGCCUUGUCGCCAUCGCUGGAGGCCGAGGAGGAUGAGGAGGAGGAGGAGGCGGCGGCGGCUUUGGAUACGACUCGGGCUUCGCUGGCCUCCGUCGAUGGUGCCGAAGGCGUCCCGAUGGAUGCCGUCGGCCAGGUGGACCAGUUCCUCCGGGAGGCUUUGGAGAAGCCGCGAGAGCGGUUGGCGAGUAAUUUUCCGUAUCUCGCUGUUUUGAGGAUGGAGCAAGACAUUGUGAAGUUCAUUUGUGAUCCUACUCAACAGCAACUAGAAUUUCAGGCCAUUCCAAAUUCCUACCUAAGAUUAGCAGCACACCGCAUUGCACAGCAUUAUUACCUCCAGUCAGUUGCCAUACAAGAUAAUAGUAUGCCAGAUGUAUCUGGUUCUCGGAUUUUGAUGCAGAAAACUUCAUUUAGUUGUCGAAGACCUCCAGUUCGUCUUGCAGAUAUUCCUGUCAAUUUUCCGCAAGAAGAUAAUAAUGCCAUCCCGAAGGUUGCAAUCAAGCAAAGGCCUCAGAAGCACUCACAAAUUAUGAGCAAUGCAAAUACUCAGUCCUAUAAGACUAAUCGUCAAAAAAGCGUAGAAGAAAGAAAAGAAGAGUAUAACAGGGCACGUGCACGCAUAUUCAACAGCAAUGAUAUGAGUAGCACAAUUUCAUAUUCAAAGGAUGAAGUAAAAUUGCCAGAUAUCCUACAAGACUGCUCUAUAUCUGCGAGGUCAGAUGAAAAAACUGCAAUAGAAGGAUCUGAAAAAAAUCUUGGGAGGAGUUUUAGCGAUUCUUCUUCAGGUAGUAGCAUAUUAAAUAGAACUAAGAUAGAGAAAGAGCCCAUUGUUAGCAGACACAAAACAAACAAUAGAGUAGCCAUUUUUCGGGACCGCGAGGUGGAUAGCAAGGAUCCUGACUAUGACAGAAGUUAUGACAGGUACAUGCAAAGAUUUGAACCUGGGUUUGGAUUCAACAGUGGACCGGGCACCAUACAGCCACUAUAUUCCCCUGCUGUUAAUUACAAUACUGAAUUCCCACAACUUGGAUCAGGUCAUGGUGCUCAAUUUCCUGUUGACCACCAACCUCAGCCUAUUCCUCAGCAUCUGCAUGGACCUUGGUUAUCGCCUUCAGCACCUAAUGUGAUCAACUAUGGUCCUCCAGCAGGCAUGAUGCCAACAUAUAAUUCCAAUCAUGUUCAUGCUCAUUCCACGACAUCAGUUUACAUGCACUCGUCUCAAUAUUCUGUGCCUCCAUAUCCUGGAAUGUCUUUUGCUCAUCCUAAUGGACACAUUCAAUCUUUUGUGCAGACUCACCAGCAGCUACCUGACACGAGUUUUGGAUUAGCCCGGCCCCGUUGAGGGGCCUGGGCAUGCCUGCACCUGCCAGCAGGAGCUUUGAGUUCGAUAAUGUGAUGAUGCCACAGUUCCUGGCAUCAGUGAUUUGCUGGCAGGAAAAUAGCAGGCAAAAUGGACCGAGGAUGGCCAGGACAGUGUGUCAUAAGUCAAACUUAGCAGUUUCUGGCUUGCUCGGAUUUGUUGAUGCUUUCUGCAUGUCAGAUGAUGAAAAAGCAUGUAGUUUCCGAUGUUCUCUACUCUUGCGCAGGCUACAGACAAUCCGAUUUGAUGGCACUGAAACUGAACGGAAAGCAAUCAUAUGGGAUGUAAUUAGCUCGUUAGGAUGAGGGUUUGAUGUCAACCAGAUCUCUAAGAUGAUCGUCAUGAAUUUUUUCUGCAGAAGUACCAUGACUGGCAUCUCCCUUAGACAAUCCUUACUUUUGGAGGAAGGAUGCUCUUCAUGUAGUGAAAUUAAGUCAAUUCAAAGUAGACACAACACAGUGUUCUGCUUAUCAAGAAUAUGUACUGAUAAGUUGUAGACAGAAAUAGCCUUCUCAUGUGGAUAUUCCAUCUAGAGGAUAAUGUAUGAAUCAAAUCGAGAUGGCUGCCUCAACCAGAAAGGUCUUUGUUGCAUCUGUGAGAGCUCACACCAGAAACCAGAAAGCAGCAAAAUCCACUUCAUUUCCUCUUCCUCAAGGAUGGUCCUAUCAGGCAAUUAAACCUCCAACAUUAAGCAAUCUGGAUCUCCAAAUGGGCCACCAGUGACAUCUGGAUCUCCAAAUGAGCUCGAGGAUAGCAGACAUUUGGCUUACACAAAGUGAGGUCCCGAUGGAAAAGACUAGUCAUAUCAUCAUUUUUCAUUCAGGACUUUGAUUCUCGCAAAUAUGAUGUGUUCCCAAGUUCACAGGCAGCAACUGCUUCUCAUAUGCUUCCUUUAUUCCAUGUCUCUCAAUGUCAGUGCCUUUCUUGACAUUGCAUGCCUUCUGCAGAACCUAACAAAAGAGUUAGGGUUUGUAUUCUGUCUUAUGAUAGAGCCGGCAGUGGAGAGAUUACCCUGACCUAAAUGUUAGAUAGUUUGGAACUUGCUGGUAGUUUGGAACUAUUGAAGUGGAUGGCCAUUAAGAAAAGAGGUUACCUGGCCCUCUUGGCUGCCUGAUGCAUCUUAAUUAGGUAUAUACCGAUUGAAUAAAUUAUAUAAGGACAUUUAUGUCAUUUUAGCUGCUGUAAUGUUAUUUUAUGAUUUGAAUAUAUUCUCCAUCAUUGUGUUUGGUGGAAACUAGACUUUGGUUAAAUGAUAAAUUGAUAACACUGGAGUAUUUACUUGUGCAAUCAUAAAAUGUUGUCUCCUUGGGUUCUCAUGUUUCCUGAGGUUUACAAGUUUCUAUAUCUGGUGGUUUUUUGUUGAUAGAUUUGUUUGAGAAGCAUUUCUGAAUGCAUCUUACCUUUGUUUUGCCUCAUCAUUGCUUGCAGUUGUACCUUUCUCGGAAGUAGAACAUAAGCACAAGGUUCCAUUGUUACUUGUCCACAUCCAUUUUUGCCCACAACGUUGUUCUCUUUGGUUGGAUGAGAUUUGCAGAUGGUGAGCUGAUAAUUGCUUCUGAGGGGCUUGCCAAUUUCCCGCCACAGAGGGAGGUCCACUCAAUUGCAUGGGUCAUGCUAGCCAAAUCUUGUGUUCCCAUGGUGCAGAUGAUGUUUACACCAAAUGCCCUUUUCUCUGUGAGGACCUGCUGUGCCCAUGGGUGACUUCGGAUGAGGCAAGUUGUCCACAGCUCCCAAGAUCAUCAAUUGCAGAAUUAUCACACCCUAAGCUGAUCCAUAGCAAUGGGUGUGGGGCCUUUUACUAUGAUGCGAUCCAUGUCAACGUCUUACUAAUGCGUUCAAGCAUCAACAUGUUCCCCCUUUGUAGAUGGUGCAUGUAAUUCUUAGAUUGACAUCAGCAGAACUUAGCUGAUAUUCCCACCGUUGUCUUGUGUUAGUAUCGUAAUGAGCUGUUCUAGUGCUUUACUGUCGCUGUCACAGAUUGUGCUUUCUUUAAUCCGAAGUAGAUGGUGAAUUUAAUUCUAUUAA